UUUGUGGAAGACUCUGGAAAGCUUUUCCAUGCUUUAAAGUACCAUAAUCCACCCAAUAUGAAGCGUGGGAUUUCAGCGCUUCUUUACAUAUGGGAUUAAAGAAAGACGCGUAUCUGUCAAAUUAAGAACGUUUAAGACCAUUUUAUCGAUGUACAUCGUUUCUUAUCGCGCCGGGCACGACGGCGGGCUGCCUCCCCUCAGCCGCACAAGAUGUCCGCCCGCCCCAACGGCCGCCACCUGCCGCGAGGGCGGCGCCGCCGCCGCUGAGGGGGAGCCCCGCGGCCCGCCCCGCUGCGGGAUCGGCCCCUCACGGGGCUGCGGAGCGGGGCCCGGCAUUGGCACCGGCACCCACCGCUGAGGGGAGCGGGAGCUCCGCGGACACCGCCGGAUUAGAGAGCAGGGAAGAGUCUUUGAAGAAGCUUCCUGUCGGAAUGCCUCACAUCAAUGCAGCUGCAGCUCUGCAGUUCUGCAUGCUGCUGUCUGCGCUUCCUGCGCAGUAUUUCCUAUCCCAGUGGUAUGGAACAGACUCCGCUCAGCGCAUCCAAAUAACAGAAAGGUUGCUAAUUGCAUGUGGGAGCAGCUUUACCAAGUCUUACCUGAGUGUGGAUGCGUGGACAGAUCGUUUAAAGCUGUGGCUAUUGAAGACAAGGAACUGGUACUUCGGAGAGAGGAAAAUUAAAAUUGCCAACAAUGAAGCAGAAAACCAUUCCUAUUUUGCAGAAUCAACUCAGGUUCGCAGUCCAAAGCCUGAAUCCAUCCAGUUCAGUGUGGGACAGGUGAUAGUUCACAAAAGACUUGGUUAUUCGGGAGUCAUUGUUGGAUGGGAUGUAAAAGCUAAAGCUCCAGAAGAAUGGCUACAACACAAAUAUCCUCCAGCAAAACAGGAUGUAAAAGAUACUCCUCACUAUCGAAUUCUAAUUAACAAAGCAAAUGGAUUCGGCAAAUCUACCACUUACAUUCCUGAGGAAGAGAUAACGAUUAUUAUGGGAUUAGAGGUGCACCACCCUGAUAUGAAAGCCUAUUUCAGUGGAUAUGAUGGAUCAAAAUACAUUAUGCAGCCGUGGUUGAAAAAAAUCUAUCCUCAUGACUGAAGUAUUCAACUAUACGUACAUAUAAUGUGCAUCUGGACAACAUCUUUCCUUUCUAAAGUUGAGCAAACAGACACCAGCAUAAAGCUAAUGUAUAUUUUUUUCCUGUGAUGAAAUAAAACAUUCCUAAGCAA